CCGGCCCGAGUCGCUGCGAGAGCGUCGCUGUCCCUGACGCUGGACAGCCCGAGGCUGGACCGCGGACAGGCUCACUGGUCAUCAUGACGAUGGAGACGGGCCCUGAUGCUGAGGUAAAGAAAGCACAGGAAGACCCUCCACCCCAGCCCCCACAGCAGCUUGAAGCCUCAGUCUCUCAGGCCCCCGUCGCCGUGGCCCCCACAGGCCCCGCUGAGGCUAACUCCAGUGAGAAGCAGGGCACCCAGGCUGAUCCCAGGCACGCGGAGCAGGGCCUAGACAUGGAGGAAAAGGAUUAUGUCGAGACUGAUGGCCUCUCAGACAGGACGACACCCAGCAAGACCCAGAAAUCUCCCCAGAAGAUCGCCAAGAAAUUCAAGAGUGCCAUUUGCCGUGUGACCCUGCUGGAUGCCUCAGAAUAUGAGUGCGAGGUGGAGAAGCACGGCCGAGGGCAGGUCCUAUUCGACAUGGUCUGCGAACACCUCAAUCUCCUGGAGAAAGACUACUUUGGGCUGACCUUCUGUGACCCAGACAGCCAGAAGAACUGGCUGGACCCUUCCAAGGAAAUCAAGAAGCAGAUACGUAGUGGCCCCUGGAAUUUUGCCUUCACUGUCAAAUUCUAUCCUCCGGAUCCAGCCCAGCUCACAGAAGACAUCACAAGAUACUACCUGUGCCUGCAGCUGAGGGCAGACAUCAUCACCGGCCGGCUGCCCUGCUCCUUUGUCACCCAUGCAUUGCUGGGAUCCUAUGCUGUUCAGGCUGAGCUAGGAGACUUUGAUGCUGAGGAACAUGUGGGUAACUAUGUCAGCGAGCUCCGCUUUGCCCCCAACCAGACCAAAGAGCUGGAAGAGAGAAUCAUGGAGCUGCACAAGACUUAUAGGGGCAUGACUCCUGGAGAAGCUGAGAUCCAUUUCCUUGAGAAUGCCAAGAAGCUAUCCAUGUAUGGAGUGGACCUCCAUCAUGCCAAGGACUCAGAAGGCAUUGACAUCAUGCUUGGAGUCUGCGCUAAUGGCCUACUGAUCUACAGAGACCGCCUGCGGAUCAACCGAUUUGCCUGGCCCAAGAUCCUUAAGAUUUCCUAUAAGAGGAGUAAUUUCUACAUCAAGAUACGUCCAGGGGAGUAUGAGCAGUUUGAGAGUACCAUCGGCUUUAAGCUCCCCAAUCAUCGGUCGGCCAAGAGACUUUGGAAGGUCUGCAUUGAGCAUCACACAUUCUUCAGGCUAGUAUCUCCUGAGCCCCCACCAAAGGGCUUCCUGGUGAUGGGUUCCAAGUUCCGCUACAGUGGGAGGACACAGGCACAGACCCGGCAGGCCAGUGCCCUCAUUGACAGGCCUGCACCCUUCUUCGAGCGUUCCUCCAGCAAACGGUACACCAUGUCUCGAAGCCUCGAUGGAGCAGAAUUUUCUCGACCGGCCUCCGUCAGUGAGAAUCAUGAUGUGGGGCCAGAGGCUGAGAAGCAUGAAGAAGAUGGAGACUAUGGUGGUGGGAGGAGAAAGUCAGAGACAGAAGAAGGGGAGCUCCGGACCCCCACCAAGAUCAAAGAGCUAAAGCCGGAGCAGGAAACCACGCCGAGGCACAAGCAGGAGUUCUUAGAUAAACCAGAGGAUGUACUGCUGAAACACCAGGCCAGCAUCAAUGAACUCAAGAGGACACUGAAGGAGCCCAAUAGCAAAUUGAUCCAUAGGGAUCGUGACUGGGAACGUGAGCGGAGGCUGCCUUCCUCACCAGCCUCAUCUUCCCCCAAGCAUGAAGAAGGAACCCCUAAAGGAACUCCCGAGAAAGCUAAUGAGAGAGCAGGGCUAAGGGAGGGCUCAGAAGAGAAAGUCAAACCCCCACGUCCCAGGGCCCCAGAGAGCGACCCAGGAGAUGAGGACCAAGACCAGGAGCGGGACUCGGUCUUCCUGAAGGACAACCACCUAGCCAUCGAACGCAAGUGUUCCAGCAUCACAGUCAGCUCCACGUCCAGCCUGGAGGCAGAGGUGGACUUCACAGUGAUCGGUGACUACCACGGCACCGCCUUUGAGGACUUCUCCCGUAGUCUGCCUGAACUUGACCGAGAUCGGAGCGACUCAGAGACCGAAGGGCCCCUAUUCCCACGGGACCUUGACAAAGCAGCCCCCAGCCAGGAUGAAGAGUCGAAGGCAGCCAGCGAAGCUUCAGAACGAGGGGUCUGCCCUGCCCCUGACAUGCCCCACUUUGAGCCUGUGAAAACUGAAACAAUGACUGUCAGCAGCUUGGCGAUCAGAAAGAAGAUUGAGACUGAGGCCGCGUUACAGUCUAGAAUCUCUGCAGGGGACACAACCCAAGUGGAUGGGGGGAAAGAGACAACAACUACUUCCCACUCUGUCACCACGGAAACCACCUGCACCACCUUGGAGAACAGUCUGAAGUCUGGGAAGGGAGCAGCAGCCAUGAUUCCAGGCCCGCAGACGGUGGCAACAGAAAUCCGUUCCCUUUCUCCGAUCAUCGGGAAAGACGUCCUCGCCGGCGCCUAUGGGGCCACUGCUGAAACCCUAUCCACUUCCACUACUACCCAUGUUACCAAAACUGUGAAAGGAGGAUUUUCUGAGACUAGGAUAGAGAAGCGCAUCAUCAUCACAGGAGAUGAAGACGUUGAUCAAGACCAGGCAUUGGCUUUGGCCAUCAAGGAAGCCAAACUGCAACACCCAGACAUGCUGGUAACCAAAGCCGUUGUAUACAGAGAAACAGACCCAUCUCCAGAAGAAAGGGACAAGAAGCCACAGGAAUCUUGACCCUUGUGAAAAGAAGUUGGCAUCUCUAUUCAAACCAACUUGGAGGGCAGUUGAGGAGAGGGCCUUCACACUGGAUUCCGCAACUAGACACAGACAACCCAGCUGCAAUGUUCCGUCCCUGCUGAGAGACUACAAGGGGAGAGCAUAUAUAUGUAUAGACAUAUAUAUAAGGAUAUAUAUAUAUAUAUAUACACACAGCAAACAGAACAUAGCCUUGCACUGUUACGGAAGUUGGGGGGAAAGAAAUCAAAGCAACGGCUAAAGCAAACCAACCAACCACCUGCAUUCGCCUUUGCAGACAAAUUUAAAAAAACAGAUGGGAUUUUUAAGGAAAAAAAAAAAAAGAAAAAGAAGAAAAAAGUACUACCAUGAUAAAUAAAAAUAAAAGCCAGACCCCUCAUCACAUCGCAGCUGCACAGCAGGCCACAGGCUCUGCGUGUCCCAUCUCAAGAGGACUCGUGUGUGAUCCACUCCUUUUCCAUCAUCCACGCGAUUGAGGGGAAAUGCUUUGCAACAAAGCAAGCAUCGUAGAAGCUCCCAUAAGAAGAGUGCUUGAAGGAAGGAAAGAAGAUCCCCACGACAAAAGGAAGGAGUUCUUUCCCUCUGGGCCCAACACUGGGCCCAGUGGCUAGUAUUCAUACCCCUCUCUCCUCCCUCCCCCAGCUCAUGCUAGUCUUGUCGUAUUCUCUCUCCCCACUGUUGCCCCAUUCUCCUCCUCUCUACUCUCUGUCGCCCCCUCACCUCCCGUGUUCCACCCAGGGCUGCCCAGGGAAUUGUAGGCGACUCAUCAUCUGAAGCAAAGAAUCCUGGAGAGAAAAAUCCCAAGAGAGGAAAAGUGGACGUUGUGUGUCUGUGGCUUCUCACUACAAUGGUGCAGCCUAUGGGUUGGGUGGGGGGGAUUCAUACGGAUGUGCUUUUAAGUUAUGUAUAUUAUAUAUAACAGGGAAAAAUAUUAAAAUAAACAGUGCUGGUAAGUAUGAUGCUGAAGUUUUUAAAUUAUAAUUAUUUGAUUAUAAUUAUUUGGUUGAUGUAUUCUGAGGUUCUUAGAUCACACUGAAAUCUCACCCCAGGAGGCCUAGAGUCUAUGUGCAGGUUUUGUCAUGGUGGCUGAAGGGAUUGGUGUCGUGAAACAAUGUGUGGUGUUCGUCUUUGGUGGGUUGGUGGGUAGUGAGGGGCAGGUCCUGGGGUGGUAGAGGAGCAAGGGUUUGGCAAGAAAGCAGCAGAGCCAUUGUCCUGAAUGUGCCAGUUAAAGAGGCCUCACCAUUCUCUGUCCCCAUCUCAUCCCCCUGCUCCCCCCUACCAGCCUAGCUGAAUUCUGGAGAGGCCCAGUUUUUACUUUGGGAAUGGAGGAAGAGAACUUGGGGUUCACUCGGCUGGCCUGGGACCUCAGGCUUCUUCUCUAAGGUCUAGGCUAGGGUCUGAACCCCUUUUUUACAGCCACACACCCUUUCCUCCCUGACCACAUUUGUGGCUGAUGUUUGGCCCUGAUUCUAAGAGCUUGGUGGAGCUUGCCGCUCUACCUUCCAGUCUUCCCAAAAUUCCUAGUUACCUUCCUCUUGAUGUGCCAAAGGAAGAGCCAGAGUGGCAACAAGGUGUGGGGACCCAGA